CCAGGUCAGCUUCUCAAACUUUUUUAUCGAAAUUGUGGCACACCGUACUUUCAUUUCUUUUGACGCUCCCAUCAAUAUGGCAGGUGUCGAAGAGCUUUACAAGCAGUUUGGAAUCCUUGCUGAUGCAAACGAGAAAGCCGGAGAGCACGAGGGAGCCUUUCUUCAAAUUUUGGCUGCUGUAAAGGGUUCACAAGCGGAGAAGCGUCUGGCAUCACAGUUUAUAGCCAGAUUUUUCAAGUUCUUUCCCAAGCUGCAGGAGAACGCUAUAGAUGCUAUGCUGGAUUUGUGCGAGGAUGAAGACAACACAAUCAGACGCCAGGCCAUAAAAGGUCUGCCAGACCUCUGCAAAGACACUCCAGAACACCUGCCAAGAAUAGCUGAUGUACUUACCCAAUUAUUGCAGUCAGAGGAUCCUGCAGAAAUAACAAUUGUUAGAAAUGCUCUCACAUCACUGUUUAAAAUGGAACCAAAAGGAACAAUUGGAGGACUGUUUUCACAAAUUCUCAGUGGAGAGGAAGCAUCAAGAGAGAGUGCUAUCAAGUUUUUAAGUAGUGCUGUGGAAGAGUAUGGCAAGAAAGUGUUACAUCCCUCACCUGAAACUGAAGAAUACUUAGUUGAAGAGAUAAAAAAGGCUAUGGCAGAUGUAACUGGUGAAGAAUUUCGCACAUUUAUGACCAUUCUUUCCUCAUUAAAAGUAAUGGGCAGUGCACACCAAGAACUUGCAGAUAUAGUUGGAGAACAGGCUGAACUAAGCCAACCAUUCCAGCCUGGAGAUGCUGAUAUUGUCGACAGAUUCAUUUCAUGCGCCAGACAAGCAAUUCCAUAUUUUGUGAAAGGAGCUUCAGCCCAGACAUUUUUCACUUACUUUGUUGAGAGUGUUUUACCAAAGCUGAAUGAGGUGGUUACUUCUGAUGGUGAAGAUGUCAAGCUAGAGAUAUUGAAAUUGUGUGCAGAAAUGUCACCGCAUGGUUUGACAGAUGAAAAUAUCAAAGCAGCUAUAGAACCUGUCUACAACUUGCUUUUGGAAUACAUGCCAUUACCUCCUGGUGAUGAAGAGGAAAAAAGUGCUGAAGAAAACUCUGAACCAAAGUUCCAAUUUUCCUAUGUUGAAUGCCUUAUUUCUACAUUUCACCAGCUAGCAAAAAAGAACCCAGAGUUUUUGACCGACACAACUGCCGCAGAGCGCCUGAAAGAUUUUCGACUUAGGCUUCAAUACUUUGCUCAGGGCUGUCAAGUGUAUAUAAAACAACUAAGAUUAUCACUGCAAGGCAAGACUGGUCCAGCACUUCAAGAGGAGGAAAAUAAAAUAAAAAUUGUAGCUCUCAGAACGACUACUAACAUCAAUGCUGUCAUCAAGGAUCUGUUUCACAAUCCACCUUCCUUCAAAAGCUCCAUUACGUUAUCGUGGAAACCACCAGCGAAAACACAAGCGUCGACACUAACAUCUCCAAAAGAUUCGAAGGACACAGUAGUAGAUGAGAAGCGAAAACGCGCUGGUAUUACGCCAAUCAAGUUCGACCUUCCACCCGAGACGAAGUCACCUAAAAAGUCCAAGCCGAGUACAAUCUCUGUGUACACUCCCCCCGGUCGCCGAGCAGGAGCGUCCAAUGGCGUCGUCAAGGGUCAGACCAUGCCUGACGGUGGUAGGGGUCGGGGAUUUCGACAAAGAGGCCGCAACCGAGGGCGAGGGAGGGGCUGGAGAGGAGGCAGAUCUUAGAUCAUUUAUUCUAGAACGUCCCACACAUGUGAAGUACAGACACCAUUUUACUGAAAUCAUCUUAAGAUAUUUUUACAGUUGUCUUCGCCAGAAAUUGCAACUGACAGAGGACUUGGUCCUGAAAGUUUAUUUAUGGAGUUGACUAUAAUAAUUGUAAUAGUUCCUACUUUGUUUUAAAAGCUUUUUAAUUGACCUUGUGACUUUCAAGGCAUGGUUUUACCCCUCUAGGAAACAUUCAUCUCCGUCUUGUUCGAUCAGGGUAUUUUUUUUUCAGCCAGAUAACUUCGUAUUCCCCCUCCUAACUCUUAUUGCCUGGAAGGGAACUUUUUCCUCAGAGCGGGUGUUUGGGGGAGGGUGGGAGGGUUGUUUUUGUAACGGAGCAUACUUGCGACGAUGGAAAACUCACUGUGAAGUAGAGAUUGUGUCUUGUCGAGCGUUAUUUUUUGAUAGAGAGAUACUUGAGUUCCUGUAGAACAGAUAUUUCUUUUAAGUGCAUUGUUUUUCCGAGUGUGAAACUGAGGUCACACGAGCUUUACAGAUGCUUGUCAGGUGCCUGAUCACUCCCAACAAAACAAGCCUUUGAGGCUCCGAUUCAGCCUAGGGUCUUAUUCAUUAUUUGAUCUGUAAACUCUUCUUACCCGUGUGAUUCAAAGAUUCGCAGCUUACCCUGAACGUUUUCUGUGAAACUGUAAUUAAAAGCCGUUGUUUCUUUUC